AUGAUUUUGACUUCAGCUAAUAAAAAAAAAUUGUAUAUUUUUAUAUUUCUUGUUUUUCUAUAUAAUUUUAAAUGUAUUUGCAAAAAUAAGUGGAAUAUAAAAAAAGUAUACUAUAACUUUAGUAAUUCAAAAGAAAAAAAAAUAUUUUUUUUUAAAAUAUGGGAAAAUAAAAAAUGUGUAAAAAAAAAAAAGGAUAAAAAUAGUCAUUUAAAAAAUCAGAUAAUUUUACAUUAUAUUAAAACAUUUCGGCUAUAUAAAUAUAAUGAUGGAAAAAAAAGAUUAAAGAAUAAUAAAAAAAUAAUCUAUAGUAAAAAAGAAAUAAAUGAAGAACAACAGGAGAAAAAUGAAAAAUUAAAUAGUUAUUCAAAUGAUUAUAAGAUGAAUGAAGAAAAUGAAAUAGAGAAAAAUAACAAAAAUCUUAAUGAUAGUGUAAAUCCAGAAAACGUUUAUCAAAAAUAUAUUCGGAAUUUUUGUAUUUUAGCACAUAUUGAUAGUGGAAAAUCUACUUUGGCUGAUAGGUUUUUAGAAUUAACAAAUACUAUUAAAAAAAAAAGAAUGAAAAAUCAAUUUUUAGAUAUGAUGUCAUUAGAACGAGAAAAAGGAAUAACUAUUAAAUUAAAGGCAGUAAGGAUGAAUUACAAAAAUCAUAUUUUUAAUUUAAUAGAUACACCGGGACAUUCUGAUUUUUAUCAUGAAGUUAAAAGAUCCUUAAAUGUAUGUGAAGGCGCUAUUUUAUUAAUUGAUGGUUGUAAAGGGAUUCAAUCACAGACACUUAAUAUUUUUUUUGAAUUGAAAAAACAUAAUGUAAAAAUAAUACCUGUAAUAAAUAAAAUUGAUUUAAGUACAUGCUUAUAUGAAAAAAUAAAAGAUGAUUUAAUAAAAAAGUUUAAUUUUAAAAGUGAAGAGAUUUUAAAAAUUUCUGCUAAAUAUGGUUUUGAGAUAGAAAAUUUAUUUCAAAAAAUAAUUAGUGAUAUUCCAUAUCCUACAAUUAAAUCAAAUAUGUUUUUUAGGGGCAUUGUAUUUGAUUCAUUUUAUCAUCAGUAUAAAGGGGUAGUAUUAAUUAUUAAGGUUUUGAAUGGAUUUCUAAAAAAAAGAACAGAAAUUUUUUUUAUAAAUAGUGAAAAAUCAUAUGUAAUUCAAGAUAUUGGUUAUUUAAUACCGGAAAUGAAAUCAACUGAUAUAAUUAGACAAGGUGAUAUCGCUUAUGUUUGUUCCAAUAUAAGAAAUUGUGAUGAUAUUCAAAUUAGUGAAACAAUUGUAAAUAAGGAUUUAAUAAAAAUUAAUUCACAAAAAGAGUUCGUUUUAGAUUUACAAAAAUAUCAAUUUGAUACUUAUCUCCAAGAAGAAAAUAAACAAAAUGAAAACCAUGAAUACUCUAAAAAUCAUGUUAAUGAAACAAGUAAAUGUGAAACUAAAAACAAAGAAAAAGAAAAAAAUAAUUAUGAAACAAAAAUAUGCAAGGAAACCAAUAAUAAAAUGGAAAACAUAUCAAAUAAAGAAAUACAUGAAGGAAUUAAACAUGGAAAUGAAAUAAAUGUUAAACAAAUUGCAGUAACAAAAAUAGAUGUUUCAUAUCCAUCUGUAUAUUGUAAUAUAUAUAGUGUUAAUGAUAAAAAAUCUACUGAAUUAGAGAUGUCUUUGAAUAAAUUAAAAUUAAAUGAUGCAUCAUUUUCUUUUAAAAAAGAUAUUUGUGAAACAUUAGGGAAAGGAUUUAAAUGUGGGUUCAAUGGAUUGUUACAUCUGAAUAUUAUUCAAGAAAGAGUAAAAAGGGAAUAUGAUGUAGAAACAAUAAUUACAGCUCCAUCUGUAAAUUAUUUAAUAAAGUUAAAAGAUAAAUAUAUAGAUAAAAAGUUAAAAGAAAAAUUAAUAGAUAAAAAUUUUGAUAUAAAAAAUAUAAAUAUUGAUGAAAAAGAUGAUAUUUCUAAUGGAAUGUUUUUCAUGACAAGCAAUGUAAAUGAAAUACCAAAAAAAAAUUAUGUUGAUUCUAUUUAUGAACCAUAUGUGAAAACAAAUAUUGUUACACCGGAUAUUUACCAGAAAUAUGUAAUAAAUGAAUGUUUUAAAAGAAGAGGAAUUUUUAUUAAAAAAGAAAUUAUUAACGAUCAAAUUAUUUUUUUAUUUGAAAUGCCAUUGUCUGAAAUACUAAUUAAUUUUUUAGAUGAAAUAAAAUCUUACACAAAAGGGUAUGGUUCGAUGAGCUACGAAAAUUUUGUUGUAUACAAAAAAAGCGAUUUAUAUAAAAUUAAUAUAUAUAUAAAUAAAAAAUGUAUUGAAUCUUUAUCUUUCAUUUCUCAUAAGGUUAAUUAUUAUGAAAAAUCAAAAAAUCUUGUUUUAAAAAUAAAAAAUUUAAUUGAUCCCCAUCAAUUUCUUAUUGUUAUUCAAGCAGCAAUAGAAUCAAAAAUUUUUGUCUCUGAAAAAAUAAAACCUCUUAAAAAAAAUGUCACUCAAAAAUGUUACGGUGGGGAUAUCACAAGAAGAAGAAAAUUAAUUGAAAAACAAAAUGAAGGAAAGAAAAAAAUGUUUAAUAUAGGAAAGGUGAAAUUACCUCCAAAUAUUUUUAUUAAAUUAUUUGAUUUAAAAAAUAAAUAA